GAUUUCGCGUCGACUGCGGUCACUAGUUGCACGACCAGCUGGUCGAGAUCACUGUAUCCAUUUAAACGUAUGUUUUCCGAGUUGAAAAAUCGAUUGACUCGCGAAGUAGCCGUUCGACAGUGAAGCGGGAACGUCUGUCGGGCAUCUAAGUGUACAAUUUUUCGCGGAUCUUUCUCAGUUUACGUUUCAACUAGCGCGAGGUGUACAGUUCAUUAAUUUGUUGGAAGAAACAGUAUUUACUAAUUUAAAACGAAGCCAUGGCCCAAUCAAUGAUUUGUAUCGAGGAUUUCGAAAAGUAUGCCGAGAAACAUCUGACACCCGCCGUGAGGGAUUAUUACAAUUCCGGCGCGGGUGAACAAUACACUUUAAAAUUGAAUACAGAGGCAUUUAAAAAGUAUAGAAUAAGGCCUAAAUUUUUAAGGAAUGUCUCGAAAAGGGACUUGAGCACCGUAGUUUUAGGUGAGAAACUCUCGAUUCCGAUCGGCAUCGCACCCGCGGCUAUGCAACGCAUGGCGCAUCCGGAAGGCGAACUAGCCAACGCCAGAGCCGCCCAGGCCGCGGGCACGAUCUACAUUUUGUCAACGAUAUCAACAAGUAGCAUUGAGGAGGUAGCUGAGGCUGCACCAAGUGCAGUAAAAUGGUUCCAAUUGUACAUUUACAAAGACCGCGACAUCACAAGAAAUUUAGUAUCGCGGGCGGAACGCGCCGGUUUCAAAGCCCUGGUCCUCACCGUCGACGCGCCAAUGUUCGGUGACAGAAGGGCCGACAUCAGAAACAAAUUCUCUCUACCUUGUCACUUAAAAUUAGGAAACUUCCAAGGUGAUAUGUCGAGCAAAAUAAAUAACGCAGAAUCCGGUUCCGGUUUAUGCGAAUACGUCAUGGACCUGUUCGACGCUUCUCUAUGUUGGGAAGAUAUCAAGUGGCUGAAAAGUAUUACGAAGCUACCAUUGGUUUUGAAGGGAAUCCUAACUCCGGAAGACGCGAUCUUGGGUGUCGAGAACGGCGCGGCUGGGAUCAUCGUUUCAAAUCACGGCGCUCGACAAGUCGACACUCUUCCGGCAACGAUCGAAGUGUUAUCGGAAAUAGCGGACGCCGUAAGAGGUAGAGUGGAGAUCUACUUGGACGGAGGAAUAAGGCAAGGUAUCGACGUCUUCAAGGCGCUUGCUUUAGGCGCGCGUAUGGUAUUUGCUGCCCGACCCAUGCUGUGGGGCCUGUCUUACGGCGGCGAGGAAGGCGUGAAGAAAGUUCUUGAAGUCUUCAGGAAAGAAAUUGAUGUCACAUUUGCGUUAACAGGCUGUGCAUCCAUUAAAGACAUCAGCAGAAACAUGGUGACGCACGAGUCUUAUUACAGUCGCUUGUAACAAAAUCUCUCAUGGAAUAAAUUUAAUUAUAAUAAACAAUUAUAAAAAUAA